AUGGGCAAGAUAUCCAAGCCCUUGGCUGAAGAAAUCGAGCCUCUUGGCCGCGAGAACCAGCGUCGCCAAGCAGGGGAAGCUGCGCUGCAUGGAAGUUGCUCCCUCCGCAUCUUCCGCCCAUUCUCCCGCGCAGCGUUUAAUUGCGUUCCUCGCUCAUUCUGCGGCAGCCCGUGUUUUCAGCAGCGACGAAAUACGCGACAAGAAAUCGAGACUGCACAGCCUCCUUCCCCUGGGUGCAAUGAGACCCUGUCCCCCGCUGCCGAGAAGAGCGGAUCUGGGCCCUUUGGUGGGAGGUUCCACAAACUUUUGGCGAUCCGAGAAAACGACGACUCGUCGGCGCCGUUGCAGCCGGUUUGGAGUCUGGAGAAAGAACCAAACGAUCAACAGCAAGCUGUUGUUUGUUUUGUUGUCCUAUCUACGAGGGAGUGGCCGCCAGCCUGUCAUCGAUUCGCAACGGGCAACGCUGCGCGCGUGCAUCCUUUUGUAGCGCAUUGCCCAAUCACCACUUUACCCCUCCUGCGGGCGCUGCAUUGCGCUGCACCUGCCCCGCCGUGGCCAUGGUGA